AUGUCUGAAGCUUUUAAAACAUCACCUCGUUUAAACCAAAGGUCUACGAUGGAAUCAAUAACACCUCCAACUGAAGUAAAGAAACUGGAUACUAAUCAAGCACACGAAGUGUUCAGAAAUAAUAUAACUGCAGUAGAAGUUAUUGUGAAACAGAUUAAAAAUAAAAACGCUAAAGAAUACACGCCCGAGGAAAAAAACAUCGAUUGCCUCCACGAGGAAAUAGAAAAAUUGAAAACGGAAUUGAGUUCAGCUAAAAGAUCCUUGGAGGUCACGAAAAAAUGUUUCUCGUCCAUUAUGUUUGAACUGGGAAAACAAUUAGAAACUGCGAAUCAGCGGGAGUUGAAAAGACAAACAAAGAAUAUAGUUCUACAGCUAGAGAAGGAAAAGAUGAAGACGCUAUUGGAAUCUAAAACAAAUCUUGUUUGUAAAAUGUCCAAAGAAAUGUUGUAUAUGAAACGGGUAGUCAAGCUGUUGGGUAAAAGCAUCGGAUGUAUGGCUUCUGCAUCAGACGAUAUCCAUUCACGUUCAGAAUACGAGGAAUUCGAGAAUGAUUUAUUGAAACGUACGAAAUGUGCUGUGAAUACAACAGACGACCCAAUCACAUACAAUAAUACUACAGCAUCUAGUUAA